ACUUCUCUAUUCUCAUCUCCUCUCUUCUCUUCUCUUCUCUUCUCUCAGUUCUCUCUGGUUUGAAUGAUCGUAGCUCACGGUAGCCAUGGGAACCGAAUCUCCACCUUAUGAACUCAAUUCUUUUAGCUCUGUCCAGAACCAUGGGGAAUCUGCAAAAGAUAAGGCCGUCGAUGACUGGCUUCCCAUCACUUCUUCAAGGAAUGCGAAAUGGUGGUAUUCUGCCUUCCACAAUGUCACUGCCAUGGUUGGUGCUGGUGUUCUCGGCCUUCCUUAUGCCAUGGCCGAGCUUGGAUGGGGUCCUGGUAUGGCUGUGCUUGUAAUAUCAUGGGUCGUCACCUUUUACACCUUAUGGCAAAUGGUUGAGAUGCAUGAAAUGGUUCCAGGGAAACGAUUUGACAGGUACCAUGAAUUGGGUCAGCAUGCUUUUGGUGAGAAGCUUGGCCUUUGGAUUGUGGUUCCACAGCAAUUGAUCGUGGAGAUUGGUGUGAACAUAGUCUAUAUGGUCACAGGAGGGAAAUCACUGAAGAAGGUCCAUGACCUUGUGAGCCCUAACGCCCCUGAAAUCAGGCUCACUUACUUUAUCAUGAUUUUCGCCUCUUGUCAUUUUGUUCUCUCCUUCCUUCCCAAUUUCAACUCCAUCUCUGCAGUCUCCUUGUCCGCAGCUGUAAUGUCCCUUAGCUAUUCUACAAUUGCUUGGACAGCUUCUGUAGCCAAGGGGGUUCAACCAACUGUGGAGUAUACCUACGCAGGCAAAACCAGAACAGAUGUUGUUUUUAACUUCUUGAGCGCCCUUGGUGAUGUAGCCUUUGCCUAUGCUGGGCACAAUGUGGUGCUAGAGAUCCAGGCAACAAUUCCUUCUACACCUGAAAAGCCUUCAAAGAAGCCCAUGUGGAGGGGUGUGGUUGUCGCCUAUAUCGUUGUUGCCAUAUGUUACUUCCCUGUUGCAAUUAUUGGGUACUGGAUAUUUGGCAAUAGUGUGGAAGACAACAUUCUUAUAUCAUUGGAGAAACCCAAGUGGUUGAUUGCUAUGGCUAACAUGUUUGUUGUCGUCCAUGUUAUUGGAAGUUAUCAGAUCUAUGCAAUGCCAGUGUUUGACAUGAUUGAAACCUUCUUGGUGAAGAAGAUGCAUUUCACUCCUUGUUUUAGACUUCGUUUCAUUGCAAGAACAACAUAUGUUGCACUUACUAUGUUCCUUGCUAUGACAUUCCCAUUCUUUGGUGGGCUUCUUGGGUUUUUCGGAGGCUUUGUUCUUGCACCUACUACAUACUUUCUCCCUUGCAUCAUGUGGCUCGUCAUCUACAAGCCAAGAAAAUUCAGCUUGUCUUGGUUCACAAAUUGGAUCUGCAUCAUACUGGGAGUUUUGUUGUUGAUUCUAGAACCCAUUGGUGCACUUAGACAGAUUAUCCUUUCGGCCAGUCAGUACAAGUUUUACUCAUAGAUCAUCUUGGCACAAUAAAGGGAAGGUUGUUUAUAGAGGAACUCAAUGGAGAUGAUGAUGUUGCCGGUGAAGUCCAUGCCCUCACCUUGCUGAGCAAAGUUUAUCUUUUAAGUCAAAUAAACAUCUUUGGACAGGUUGUGGGUGUUUGGGUAUAUACAUUAGCCGAAGUGAAU